AUGGGAUCCAACCAAGGCAACAAAAGGCUCAUAGCUUUGAUCCUGUUCCUCUUCUCCUACCUGACAAUCUGCUUGUCUGUGCCGACAAAUUUCUUUGCGACUGACAGAGGAAGUACCUUACCCAAUCAAACUCCCAAGCGUCUACCAUCAGUUCGGUCUCUGACGGCGCACCAUGAUGGUCUCGCAAAGCGUGUGAAUCAAGCAUAUGAGCCAUUUCUCGCUGAUCUAAGCAUCGCCACAACAGUUACCCAGGAUGAGGAAAGGUUCCUCGCGUUCGGGGCAGACUCAGUCAUCCUAGGUAGUGAUGGCUUCACGGGUUGCAUUGGGGUGGUGAUUGCGUCCAGCCAGGGUGCCAUUAUUGGACAUUACACCGACACUGAGCAGGGAAUGAACCGAGCUAGGCAACAUCUGGCCAGCCUAAUCACGGAAAAUCAACAGGCCUUGGUGGAAGCUCAGGCGUGGAUCUUUGCACACGUCAGUCUGCAAGAUCCUGACACAUUUAUCUCCGAGCCCAACAAUCAAGUCUUGGAAAGCAUCGUCCAAACCAACCUUGGAAUCACGCCUGGUCGGAUAAAGUACAUUGAUCCGAUGGAUAUUAUAGAUCCGGAAGACGACCUGCAUUUUGAACUUUGGGAGAAGGGCGAGCUUAACUUAUUGGCUGGGGGGAUCCUCGUGAAGCAUCAAGGAGGAAAUCCGAAUAACGAAAUUGUCUUCGUCAACCUAGAUUGGCAGAAGGCUGCUGCCGAGGCUUCCAUUGCAAAUGGCAUGCAUUUAUUGUAA